AUGGCAGAACAUUUUGUGAACCAGGGAAAAGAAUAUGCAGAUGCAAGACCAAGUUAUCCACCACAACUCUUUCAAUUCAUAGCUUCCAAGACUCUCUCUCACGAUCUUGCUUGGGAUGUCGCCACCGGAACUGGCCAAGCUGCUAAAUCUUUAACUACUUUGUACAAGAAUGUGAUUGCUACAGAUGCUAGUGAGAAACAGCUUGAAUUUGCAACCAAACUUCCCAACAUACGAUACCAACACACCCCAUCAACCAUGUCCAUCACUGAGCUUGAACAAAUGGUGUCAUCUCAAGGAACAAUAGACCUCGUCACCAUUGCUCAAGCCCUUCACUGGCUUGACCUCUCAUCUUUCUACAAACAAGUCAACUGGGUUCUCAAGAAGCCUCACGGUGUCAUUGCUAGUUGGUGUUACACUUCACCAAGAGUUAAUGAUGAAGUUGAUGCUAUGCACAACAAGUUAUAUUCUCUUGAUGCAAAACCUUAUUGGGAUCCAAGACGUGAGUUACUUGAGGAUAAUUAUAGAAGUAUUGAGUUUCCAUUUGAUCCUGUGGAGGGAGUUGAUCAUACGGGACCGUUUGAGUUUGAGGGUGAGACUGUGAUGGAUGUUGAUGAUUUCUUGAAUUAUAUUAGAUCAAGAUCUGCUUAUCAGGCAUCAAAGAAGAAAGGGGUUGAGCUUCUUGAGGAUGAUGUUGUUGAAAAAUUCAAAGUUGCUUGGGGUGAUGAUGGACAAAAGAUUGCUAAGUUUCAAGUGUAUUUGAGAAUUGGAAAAGUAAGGGAUGCUUGAAAAUAUGCAAAUGAUUGAGUACUCUGCCGCAGCAUGUUGUUCAAUAGUAAAUUUAUAUUGUUUGCUUAGUUCUUGUCUUUAGUAUGUAACUCAUAUUGCUGUCACUCUAUUUUCUCCGUUUUCAAAAUAAGAUUAGAGCUCUUACUUUGGCUUCAAACAUCAUAGUUAGAGAAGGUAAACCUCUUGUGUAUGUGGAUUAGUUAAAUUUGCCAUCACAUUUAACUAAAAGAUAUGUUUUGAAAAGAAA